AUGGAAGACAACGACGUUCAGCUGAAAAUUCAAAGCCUGAAAUUGAAGCGAAUCAAUGAGCUCAACCGCAAGCUGAAGGAAGAGCUGGCAAGAGAAAGAAUCACCGCUUCCAAUGCAUGCCUGUCAAUUAUAGAUUAUGCUACGUCCCACAAAGACUACGCAAUACCGGAAGUUUGGGGGUACCCAAUGGCAGGCUCAAACCCUCACCGAACCAACGCUUCUGGUUUACAUAGACGUGCGCAUCGCGAAGCAGGCUCUGCUGAUAAUACCUGCUGUACGCUGAUGUAG